AUGGGAGAUCCCAAAAAUCAUAUAGUAGCUGUUGAGCUCGAUACAGUCGAAAGCGCUGAGUUCUAUGACAUGGAUAAUAAUCAUGUUGGCAUUGACAUAAAUACUUUAGUCUCAGAAAAAGCUGCUUCAGCAGGUUAUUUUGAUGAAGACGGUACUUUCAGAACCCUCUCUCUUGCUAGUGGAGAUCCUAUGCAAUUGUGGAUCGAGUAUGACAGCAAACAGAAACAGAUUAAUGUUACACUUCAUCCUGUUCGUGUCCCUAAACCAAAGCUUCCACUUCUUUCUCUGAAAAAAGAUCUUUCUCCCUAUUUGCUUGAAUAUAUGUAUGUUGGGUUCACUUCAUCAACUGGUUUGCUAACUGCAUCUCACUACAUUUUGGCUUGGACGUUCAAGAUGAAGGGGACAGCUCAAAAUAUAGAUCCCUCUCGCCUUCCAAAGAUUCCCCGUUACGAUCCGCCUUGGAUCCAGAGUCAGAAAGGGCGGAAGAAACUACUGGAAGUUAUUGAGGACUGGGAAGUGCAGUUUGGUCCACAUAGGUUUGCUUACAAAGAUCUACACACUGCCACAAAAGGUUUUAAGGACAGUGAGGUUCUAGGUAGAGGCGGGUUUGGGAAAGUCUAUAAAGGUACAUUACCAGUGUCUAACAUGGAGAUCGCGGUGAAGAGAGUUUCUCACGAUUCAAGACAGGGCAUGAGAGAGUUCAUAGCUGAGAUCGCUACCAUUGGACGUCUCAGACACCCUAACUUAGUUCGGCUCCAAGGAUACUACAGACACAAAGGUGAACUCUACUUGGUGUAUGAUUGCAUGCCAAAAGGUAGCCUUGAUAAGUUCCUUUAUCACCAACAGAUGGAAAGUCUUGACUGGUCACAAAGAUUCAAGAUCAUCAAAGAUGUAGCUUCAGGGCUCUGUUAUUUACAUCAACAAUGGGUGCAAGUGAUCAUCCACAGGGAUAUUAAACCAGCUAACAUCCUUCUUGAUGGAAGCAUGAAUGCUAAACUUGGUGACUUUGGUCUCGCAAAGUUAUACGAUCACGGAAUUGAUCCGCAGGCCUCUCAUGUGGCAGGCACGCUUGGGUAUAUUUCACCAGAGCUUUCAAGAACAGGAAAGGCAAGCACAAGCUCAGAUGUAUACGCAUUCGGAGUGGUGAUGCUAGAGAUUGCUUGCGGACGAAAGCCAAUAUUGCCAAGAGCAUCGCAAAGCGAGAUAGUACUGACUGAUUGGGUGCUAGAGUGUUGGGAGAAUGGAGAUAUAAUGCAGGUUCUUGAUCAAAAGAUUGGGCAGGAGUACAAAGAGGAGCAAGUGGCACUUGUUCUGAAACUCGGUUUGCUCUGUUCGCAUCCGGUAGCAUCCAUUAGGCCAAGCAUGUCUAGUGUUGUUCAGUUCUUGGAUAGUGUGGCUCAGCUUCCUCAUAACUUGCUUGAAAUUAUGAAAGAUCGAGAAAGUAAAGGAGGUACUGAAGCAUUCAGUUCUCCUGCAUCAAGCUCCAUUGCCCCGUUGACGUUUACAGAACCGUUUGUUUCUCAUGGGCGCUAA